GAGCUCAUGAUUUGUAUGGAAGCGCCGCGCGACGUUGUGGCGGGGGGGAGCAGACUGAAUGCAGUCAUCGUGUUUUUGGACGGGAAGAAAAGGAGGCCGCCACGUUUCUGUUUUACGUCGUCCGGGCAGCCGCGCGCCCUGGUUGCUGUGUUUUUUUCUCUCUCCCUUAUCUCUUUCUUUUAUUUUUAUUUUUUUUAAUUAUGUUUAUUUUUGGAGGACUAACUGGAUACUGACAGCAGCUGCUGUGGAACUGAAAUCUCAUCUCAGCCAUCUUUGACUACCCCCCACCCCCACCCCUCUCCCUCCUCCUCCUCCUGCUGCUGCUCCUCCUCGGCUCAAAGUAAACACGGCUUGCACGUCGCGUGCAACUCCAUGCAGGAUCCCGAGGCAGACGAGAUGGGCUCGGCGCGCGACAUCUGACCCGAUUCGCUCCCAUCCGAGCCGCACAGGGGAGGGGACGCGACUCGCCGGAGUCAUGGACCUGCUCGGGAUCUACCUGCUCCUCUGCCUCGCUCUCCUUCCCCGAUCCAGCGGCACCGCGGCGAAGGAGAUCACCUGCCAGGAAAUAGUCGUGCCCCUGUGCAAGGGGAUCGGCUACAACUACACCUACAUGCCCAAUCAGUUCAACCACGACACGCAGGACGAGGCCGGUCUGGAGGUGCACCAGUUCUGGCCUCUGGUGGAGAUCCAGUGCUCGCCGGACCUGAAGUUCUUCCUCUGCAGCAUGUACACCCCGAUCUGCCUGGAGGACUACAAAAAGCCCCUUCCGCCGUGCCGGAGCGUGUGCGAGAGAGCCCGGGCCGGCUGCGCGCCGCUCAUGAGGCAGUACGGCUUCCCCUGGCCGGACAGGAUGAAGUGCGACCUGCUGCCGGUGCAGGGGAACCCGGACACCUUGUGCAUGGACUACAACCGGACGGACUCCACCACGGUCUCCCCCGUGCUGUCGAAGCCCACCAACCACCCGGGGAAAGGGUCUAGCCCGGCUAAAAGCAAGCCCGGCAGACUCGGGAAGUACAAGCCGCCCAACGCUCCGUGCGAGCCGGGCUGCAAGUGUCUGGAGCCCAUGGUGCCGGUGAACACCGACCGCCACCCGCUGUACAACCGAGUCAAAACCGGCCAGAUCACCAACUGCGCCAUGCCGUGCCACAACCCGUACUUUACGCACGACGAGCGGGCGUUCACCGCCUUCUGGAUCGGACUCUGGUCCGUGUUGUGCUUCGUGUCGACUUUCGCCACCGUGGCCACGUUCCUCAUCGACAUGGAGCGCUUCAAGUACCCGGAGAGGCCGAUCAUCUUCCUGUCCGCCUGCUAUAUGUUCGUGUCGGCGGGCUACAUCGUACGGCUGAUCGCUGGGCACGAGAAGGUGGCGUGCAACCGGGAGUUCGAGCUGGAGCACAUCCACUACCAGACCACCGGCCCCGCGCUCUGCACCGUCGUCUUCCUGCUCAUCUACUUCUUCGGCAUGGCCAGCUCCAUCUGGUGGGUCAUCCUGUCCCUCACCUGGUUCCUUGCGGCCGGGAUGAAGUGGGGCAACGAGGCGAUCGCCAGCUACUCCCAGUACUUCCACCUGGCCGCCUGGCUCAUCCCCAGCAUGAAGUCCAUCGCGGUGCUGGCGCUCAGCUCCGUGGACGGAGACUCCGUGGCCGGGAUCUGCUACGUCGGGAACCAGAACUUGGACAACCUGCGCGGCUUCGUCCUGGCGCCUUUGGUGAUUUAUUUAUUCAUCGGGACCAUGUUCCUCCUGGCCGGAUUCGUGUCGCUGUUCCGGAUCCGCAGCGUCAUCAAGCAAGGCGGCACCAAGACCGACAAGCUGGAGAAGCUGAUGAUCCGGAUCGGGAUCUUCACGGUGCUCUACACGGUGCCGGCGACCGUGAUCGUCGCCUGCUACUUUUACGAGCAGCACAACCGGCAGAGCUGGGAGAUUACGCACAACUGCUCCAACUGCCUGCUGGAGCGGGACCGCCGCAGCCCGGACUACGCGGUGUUCAUGCUCAAGUACUUCAUGUGCCUUCUGGUUGGCAUCACGUCCGGCGUGUGGAUCUGGUCCGGGAAGACCGUGGACUCCUGGAGGACUUUCUGCACCCGCUGCUGCUGGGGCAGUAAGGGCACGGGGGGCUCCAUGUACAGCGACGUCAGCACGGGACUGACGUGGAGAUCGGGCACGGCCAGCUCCGUGUCCUGCCCCAAGCAGAUGCCGCUGUCCCAGGUCUGAAUGUGGGGAGGGGGAGGGGGUAGCAUGGUGAGGGGCUUGGGGGGUGUAAAAGCGGCUUAUGGAGGACUGCUAAUUGUUUGGGAGAUAACCCAUCACAUGGUGUUCUGAAACAAUUUGCAUUGUAAUGAACUGCUGCUGAGCUGUACCUGGCAUUCACACCAAGCUAAUUCCCUUCUGUUUAUAUGUAUUAGACAGGGCCGGUCCAAGGUUAUGUGAGGCCCAAGGCAGAAUUUCAUUUCGAGGAUGAGGAUGGGGGCAGUGGGGGCUCCAUCACAUUUAUCACAACUAUUAUGCACUUGAGUGAGUUGGAGCGACUUGGGGUAAAGUUUAAAGUUUCGAUCCCAAACUAUAAAGAAAGGUAGACGUACGGACAAAAAGUCACAGAAAGGUUGAAGUUGCAGAAAUUAAUUAAAAUAUGAAACUGGUUAAAUUAUUAAAGUGUUUGCAAGCUGGUUCUGUGUAUAGUCAAGUGCUCUUUGGGGGAAGGGCGGCGGUCCUGGUUUGCAUAUACCUUGGGUCGGCUCUGGUAGAGGUACAGACUGAGAAAACAGGGCAUUACUUAUUGAGUGUAAGCAAUUUUUUUUACAACGAUUUUAUCUACUUUCUGGCAGAUAAAAAUGCAGAAUUCAAUCACACAGAGAGAGAGAGAGGAAAAAGUAGGGGAGGGGGGUAAAUUAAAGCCUUAAUCGUGCCCAAGUAUUUUUUUCUUUUUUUUUUUACGGGUCCUUUAUUUUGUAAUUUGAAAUGUAUUUAUAUAAAGCUAAUGUAAAAUACAACUGUGUAUAUUUGUGUAUAAAGGAAACCUUUAUAAGAUAUUGUAAAUGUGUACAAAGUGUAGAGAUGCCUCUUGUUUUUUUUUCCUGACAAAGCAAAUAUGACUUUUAUUUUGACAAUAAAACAUUGGAUAAAUGUCAA